AUGGCUUCCUCAAGCGCCACAUCACACGAGGACUCGAUUGACCUGUCAAGGACACUCCCACGAAACGUCAGCUUUGAUGAAACAUGGGAUUACCUAGAGGCGGGGCUUGAUAAUAUCAUGAACGCACCAGAAAAUCCUUCCUUCACACUCACCACCAAUCUCUACACGGCGGUCUACAACCUUUUUGGGCGUGGCAGUGACUCGGAUGGUUAUGCACUGUGGCUAUACGAGAAUCUUAGCGACUACUUUGCGCAAUACCUCGAGCCACGAUGGCAGAAAUCGCAAAUGCUUACAGGCGUUGAUAUGCUGCGAUAUUAUGUGGCAGAGUGGGAAUAUUAUCUGGUUGUAACACGACCCUUUCACCGUAUAUUCCGGGUUAUGGAUCGUAACUGGGUACAGAGACAACGGAGCGAAGGAGAAAUAAGAGUUAUAACGAUAUCCAAGCUCGCUCUGCAAAAAUGGAGGGAGCAAUUCCUGCGGAAGGGAGACACCAGACUAGCAGAUGCCGCCAUUCGCCUUAUAUCCCAAGAUCGAGUCGGCGAUACGAUUGAUCAAGCUCUCGUGAAGAAAGUCAUCGCCACCUUCGUCUUGUUGGGCAUCGAUACCGCGAAGCUCGAAAACGAGUGCUUAGAAGUGUACGAGGAACACUUUGAGACUCCUCUUCUUCGGGCCUCGGAGCAAUACUACAUGCGAGAGUCCGGAAUAUUCUUCUUGAAAACUUCGAUCCUGGAAUAUCUCGAGCGAGCCGAAGAAUGCUUCCAGCAAGAGGAAAGAGUCGUCGAAGAGUAUCUGCACAAGAGCACGCGGGAGAAGCUUAUAGCUGUAUGCGAGAAGAUCUUCCUCAGGGAACGUAGCGAAGCUGGGUUGGCCGCUGUCUCUGGCCUAGUUAGCUUGGGAAGAGGCACGCAACCAUCUCCCAAGGCCUACACCGAUGUGCUGCUGCAGAUUUUCCACAAGUACUCCGCAAUUGUGAAAGGGCCGUUCCACGGAGACGGUAUCUUCAUCGCCAGUUUCGAUCGGGCCUACAGAGAACUCAUCAAUCGGAACCCAGCCUCACGGACCUGGUCUGGACAAUCGGCCGAGCUCGUAGCUAAACGUGCGGAUAUGCUCUUGCGCAAAAAUAACAAAAUCGCGAGCGAGGAAGAGCUAAAUGAUGCGUUGAAGGGUCUCGUCGUUCUGUUCAAGUAUAUCGAGGACAAGGACGUCUUCAAUCGAGUCUACAUGUCCUGGCUUGCCAAGCGGUCGAGGAGCGGCAUCUCGGUCUCGGAGGCGGUGGAAGACAGUAUGAUAUCUAUGCUCAAGGCUGCUAGCGGGUUUGAGAACGCGAGGCAUCUUCAGCGUAUGGCCAACGAAAUGAGAAUGGUCACUGAGGCUCUACGCGGGUUGCCACUGCAGAACCACGACUACCAACAGACGGACACCAGUACGACAGUUAAGAUUCCACCCCGCUUCCAGGGGAAGGACGAACAAAACCUUCUUGAGCAUGGUCAUAGAUUCACUUGGUUACGGAACCGCUCUGGGGACGAGCUACAUACGAAGUACCUCAAGCAGACGUACAUUUUCCUAACAAGCCCACGCCAAAUGUCCGUAUUGCUGCCGUACGAUGCAAGCGAUAACAUGUCCUUCGACCAGCUGGUUUCAUGCACCUCGAUCCCGCAAGAUCUCCUGUUGGAGGUGCUGGCUGUCCUUGUCAAGAGGAAGAUUUUGGUCAAGAAGACGCUGAACCGAUACGCUCUUAACAUGGGCUUCAAGUCAAAGACGAUCCGUGGCAGACUCGACGUUCCUCUUCAGUCUGAAAUUGAUGCAGAGUCUGCUGAGAUCUUCAGCGCCACAGAAAACGACAGAAGACGCGUCAUCCAAGCAACAAUUUUGAGUGAGGAAGAUGAUGUUGCGGCCAUUUCUCUUCCGUGA